UCAGAUUAUUUUAGUGAAUAGCAGAUUAAAUACCCCACCACCCAUCCUUUCUUCAUCCCCCUCUUCUUCGCUCUCCUCCUCUUCGUCAUUGAUCUUCAGCUCUUUUCGGAGUCAUGAGGGGGCGCUGCAGUGGGUGAACAUGGCCAACUCUGUGGUUUCCUACGACCAUCUGGCCCUGCAGGUGGAGGUUCUUCGCAAGGAGAACUCCCACCUGCGGAGGGAGCUGGAGGACAACUCGCACCACCUGUGCAAACUGGAGACGGAGACGUUUGGCAUGAAGGAGAUGCUGAAGCAGCUGCAGAGCAAACUGGAGCAGGAAGCAGGAAACCUGGCUUCAUCCGGGAGAACCGACGUGCUGCACCAACUCAAAGAGCUCUACAUGGAUCUCACCAACUACUACGAACUCAAACACCAACCUCACAACCUGAGGCUUCUGGCUUCUGGCCUGGGCGGCGCGGGGAUGAGGGGCGGCGUCGGCGCCGGGCCGGCUUUGAGUGGCAGCCUGGAUCUAGAGGAUCACUUGGCUCUGCCUUCGUCCUCCUGCUGCUCCUCCUCCUCCUCUAUGGCUGCCGUGAACCGAGCCAGGAGCCCGCUCCGAGCGGCGCCUCGCCAAAGCAUGGUGUCCGGCGGGGAGACCGCCAUCAUGCUGCCUAAUCACUUCCUGGAUGGAGCGCCGCCCCAGACGGCGGUGAUCUGCGAAGGAGACGGGCGGCUGAGCGACCAUCACUUCGAGGAGCUGUACAAAGAGAGGAACUUUUUGCUGGGAGAAAUUGACCGAGAGGAGCGGGAACGCCUGGAGGUGCUCUCACAUACGUGUCACAGGCUGGCACAGCUGCCGCGCAUCGAUGAGAUUUCUCUUCAGUUAGAUCUAAUCCGACAGAAUCUGGAGGACAAAGUGCAUCGGUCUCUGAUGGCGGAGCGCUACUUAGCAAGCAACGAGAUGGUGCACAGGACUCAGAUGCGAGCAGCUCGUCUGGAGCAGCUAGAAAAAGAGCUGCAUGAGGCCAGAGGGGGUCAGGAGAGCCAACUGCCGGUGAGACGGGCUGCACACACCAACACACACAUGAAAUAGCACAGAAAGGGAUACAAAACAGAAACGUAGGGGUGGGUCUUCCUUAAAUAAAAAUAAAUUAAAUUAAAUGAAUGUCACAUUUGAACAGAUUACGAUAGAUCUAUAGGGGAUACCAAACAUGCUCAUUACAUUUUCUGCA